GGAUGAAGAGGGAGGGGGGGGGAAUAGAAAGGAAAGCACGCUAGGGGGGAAGGUGGGGGAGAGUGAGGUGCUCCCAGGGGGAGGGCAGACACGGGGAGAAGACAAGCAAGUGGUGCUCGACUGUAUGCGGGCCAGCAUAUUAGACAGGAAGGUCGGGGAGGAGGAGACGGUGGGGGGGAACAGCAAGGAACGCAUGCCAGGAGGAAAGAUCGGGGAGAGUGAGGCGCUUCAUGGGGGAGGGCAGGAACGGGAAAGGACGGGAGAGAGUGGUGGGAAGGAGGAGGUGGGCSGGGGGGGAAGGGAGGAAAAGGAUGGGUCGGGGGAUGGAUCGAGGAAUGGAGAACCACCUUUGGGGCAGCAGCAGGAAUGCUGGCUCCUUAUCCCUUAUGGUCGCACAGAAACGGUUGCGGAGUCAACAAAUGUGCAUAUCCCGGUCCCGGUGGGCGCGAAAGAAGGCGAAUCGGACGACGUGGAGGUGGUGGACCUCGCAGCUAGCCUGUCGGCCCUCUCCCCCCCCCCCCCCCCUCCUUCCCCCUCCCACAAAUGUGAGCCCACUGCUGUGACAUCGGACAGUGGAUCGGUGGGCAUGCCGAGACGUCGGCGGAAGCAGCUGAUUUCGGGUCCCUCCAUAUCGAGCCCCGCGAAGGUAGGAAUUUCCUUACAGCAAGCAACAGGGGCGAUCCAGUCCGAUCGAGAAGAGGAGCGACGCGAGCUGCAGGCACAGGCGGACGCAAAGCCGAAGAGGCGGGAUCGGUCCCGCUCCCCGGCUGGUCGUAAGGUGCAGCCGCUUAAAGACGAGGACCGAUGGGUGUCCCCGCAGCGAAGACGCAUUGAAGAAGAGGAGUUGCAGAAUAAGGUGGCCGAGGAGGGGCUGGCGGAAGGCAUGGAGGACGCGCAACCCCGCCAGCCUGCCCCAGAUUUGGAUGAGCCCAUAAUAGGGGAUGAAGGCGGGGACUCGACAGAUGACAGGGGCGGAGCGAUGGAUGAGGACAUGGAUAUCAACGAGAGGAUGGAAGCAGACAUGGAUAUUAAUACAACGGUGAAGGGAUCGCUACAGGAAAUAUUGGCUGCCGGGGAGUGUUACGUCUGCCCGGUGAUGCUAUGAUCAGUACGGCAGGGAUGCCCGCUUUCACCUGCUCUGUAUGUCGUCUACAUAGAGGCCCUACACGACCUCCUCCAAGGGGAUGAAGCUUUGCAGGGACUGCAGUUGAGACAAGAUAUGGUCCUCAAGUCCACUGCCUUUGCAGAUGACACCGGUGCAGUCAUCCCUCCUACCACACCACAAUUAACGCGCCUCCAAAUGGAUUUGGAAUUGUUUUCACUAUACUUAGGAGCCAGGGUGAAUUGGCGGAAGUCGCAGGCCAUCCUCCCACAGGGCUAUAUUGCCCCAGAAGGCUGGGAUGUGCCCACCUCGGCGGAUGGUGAAAACCUGUGUUUUUUGGGGGUCCUGAUUCAUCCGGUGGGAGGGGGUGCUCAGCAGAUGGAAGGAUUGGCGGCGACAGCAAUUCUGAGGCUGGGGCGAUGGGCGAAGAGGAUGCAUCUGGGAGGUUUUGGCAAGGCCCUCGUCCUUAAAAAUUCGGUGCUGUCCACGAUGUGGUAUGCUGGGGCCAUCCACAUGCCGAAGAGGCGGGUUUUCAGGCAGUUGCGGGCAGCGGUGCAUAGAUACCUGUGGGCGGGAGAUGUGGAAGCGGAGUCGGUAAUCCCCAGGGUGGCUUGGUCGAAGCUCACCCAGCCCAGGAGUCAAGGGGGGCUGGGGAUCUUGGACCCAGAACUGCAGAUGACGGUGCUUCAGCUGCGAAACCUGCUGUGGUUUUUGUUGGGGACGGCGGGCACAGCGUGGGAGAGCCUUACCACUCAGCAUUUGGCCCUGGCGCUUGGCAUGACAGAGCAAAUGGUCUUAGUGGCGUUGGCCAGCCCAGGCCUCAUUAGCCACGUCAAGAGGAACCAGACUUGGUCCGCUGCGCUGACAUUGUGGAAAAAGUUCCAAUUACAGUAGGAGUUACCGGUCACCGCUGACGAUGUCUAUAAUCAACUCCUCUUUGACAA